UUGCCUUCAACGCAAUGUCGUAAGUUUUGUCUUACGAUAAAACCCACGGGGUCUUGGAAAAACUUUCAAUCUGGCUCGUGACGAUCAACGGUGAUGACUUGAGUGUGCUCCCGUGAACGAUCAAUGAAGUGCACCGACUGAAAAAAAAGUGUACGGACUGGACGUUCGAAACCGUGUUUCAAGUAGACAACUGGAUCGACGCAGCCCACACGAAAAUGGCAGCGUGCACGCAAGUGGUAGUUAUAAACACCAAUCCGCAGGGAAGACGCCCGAACUUCAGCCGAGCCGAAAUCGAAGCGUUGGUCGCGGGAUACAAGAAGCAUAGGACUGUGUUCGAACGGCGGUACGCGGGCGUCUCCAAAAGUAGGAGCGAAGCGUGGGACUCGAUAACGCAGUCCCUCUUUGCCGUUUCCGGAGUGCAUCGAACCACGGCCGAGAUCAGAAAGAAAUGGCACGACUUGAAAUCGUUAUGCAAGAAAGGAGCCAGCUGUGGUGCUACAGCUGGGAACCUUCUUGCUGAAGCUGCCCUGUUCAAUAAUCACAACGAGCUCGUAAUAGGAAUCCCUGUGGAAGACUGUUUGCUCGGCAACAGCACAGAAGCCCCAAGUAGCACAGGAGCUGAUGAGUCGAGCGAUAAUACGAAUACUAAUAUAGAUGUCAAACAAGAGCCUCCCAGUUCCCCCGAAGAGGCCGUCUGUGAUAACGGAUCAAGCAAUCCAGAGCCAAAAUGUGAAGGCAUCGAACUGCACAUAGAUGAGGGAGUUCCAUGCAAUAGCAAGUCGACCCAGACAAGUGAGCUGAGUUCACAAGAUGCAGGCCGUAAAAAAGAUUCAGCAGGCGAGUUGCUGAAAACACAAAAGGAAAUACUUCACGUACUCGAGCGCCUCGCUAAAGCUCAAGAAAAGCUUGUUCAGCUGAAAGCCUGGAAGUACGGUGUGAAACUGACUGACGAGGGUAUUUCUGAGGAACACCAGAGUGCCAAACGCAGCGAGAGAAACGGCCUGCAAGCGCGGACGUCAAAUUCAACAUUGUGAUCAUGUUCUUCAUUUUGUUGAUGAUGUCUUGUCUCUUGACUUCCAAAGUACAAAACAUGUCAGUGUUUCAUAGUGUAACGUGACCUCGUCCGAUGUAUGGCACUAUGUUAAAGUAGUCUGCAAGAACUCCUACUUUUGGCCGUGUAGCAUAUGUUGAUUGGCUAAGCCUGUGGGCCUCUUAGUCAAGUUAUGUUUGCACCAUAUACUCUGCUGUAAAGAUGUAUUUCAAAAAGUCGUUGUUCAUUUAUGCAACUUUGUCUAUUGUCUUGUAUAAACAGUCUGUAAAACUGCCUUACCUGCACAUAAUUUGUCAUCCAUAUAGCCUUCAUAUAGAGCUGACAUAUGAUUAUACCAUUUGAUAUGGAUUAGAUCAAUAUAUGAUGGGCUUCAUUACUAUGCUUGAGCAAGUGUAAAAGGAAAUACAUGAUUGUUGCACAUAGCAUAUCUUGUAGCAGCAUCGGUACGAACAGGCUGUAACUGAACAAGUCCUACAGCCUCAGUCUAGAUCAUUAUGAAGGAUAUGCAGUCACACUGAUGGCUGGUCACUUGUUGCAGUGCUGGAUGUUCUUCCAACCAGUAUACAAAAUGCAUUGGUCUCUUCCUGCUUUCGUGAGUCUCGUUCACCAUGCUGUAUUUUUGCUCGAGGUUGUAAGCAGGACACCUUACGUCCCAGUAAUCGCACACUUAUAGUCACUUGCAAAUAGAUUCGGUCUUGUUUCAGGCACAUGCACAAAUUAUGCAGGGCCCAUUGUGCUGUCUUGGUGACCAUGGCGUUAUUAUCUGUUGAGCAUUAGGUUCCGAGUCCAAUCUACGGCUGUAGCAGUGCAUUUUAGUGGAUUGAACUUUAUGGAAACCUAAAAGGUCAAGAGUAAUCCACAACUCCUCACACAAUGUCCCACACAUGACAUUGGUGAGGACAACCCACAAUUAUAUUUCUUCAUGCUAUAUAAUGCAAGGUCAUAAAGUGCAAUAGCAGACUAUAUAGACACGAUUGUAUCUUUGCAACAGCUGUGCGAGAUUGAAGUUUAUUUCUUGUAUUAUCAUUCAGCACUGCACAAGUUGUAGGCAUUGGGAUGCUGACUCCCUGUAUGUGCAUUCUUGCUACUUGAUUUACUGAAGCCGUCCUUUGUAGACAAGUCACGUGGCAACAUGAACUACAAUGUUUGUGUUUACAAUGAGGCAGUGGGUGCCAGUAUAAUGUUACAUUUUGAAACACCUCCAAAUUAAACCGUUUUAGGUCAGCAGCUUUAUUAGCCAAUUCAUGCAAGCAGAUGGCUUACAUAUUGUCUACUUGCAUGAACAUUAUCCAACAAAAAGAGUGGCAAAAAGCAGUAUUGACCUCCAAGUAUGUUGCAAAAGUGACGGAAAUACUGUCGCUUAGAAAUCGCACAUCAUUUUCAUGUUCGGUCAUACAAGCCUUGGUGAAUUGUAGCAUAACUUGCACAAUUGAUAAGAUGUGUUUGAAGAGCUGUACACAAGAAAAGGAAAUCAUGCCUGCUUUUCCCGGAUUUUAUGUUUGUAAUAUACGUUUGAGUUCUGCAGCCAUAAUAUAGGCUACAAUGGUUAAAUAAUACCGGUACUAGUCGAGUGUUGGCUUGUUCGAUUGCGAUUGUCAUACUUUUUGUGUUUAUAGGUAUGUACACUAAGUGUACGAAAUGUUAUUUUUUUCUUUGGCAUCGUCAUAAAUGUAGACACCGUGCUUACUUUGCGUGUAUUUUAUUUCCGCUAUCACAUUAUGGCACUGUCUUUGCAUUUUGCAUCAUAGAUGAUGUAUGAACAAUUAAUCAUAGGAAAUAAAGAAAUUCUCUCUCUUUAU